CGAGCGAAGAAGCAAUUGCUUCCUCAGCACUUGCAGUGUCACUUUGCGGAGCCGCUGCUCACUGACUCAACCUGGGAAAGCUUUAAAACCUUCGACUUCCGCCUUUGUUUCAGCAAUUGACCCCAGAAUCGUCCGCUAUGUCUCCCCCUCGGCAGGUCUUCAUUGCAGUCAUCGGUGCUGGAGGCGUUGGCAAAUGCUUCCUCUCCCAACUCGCCCACCUCGCACAGAACCUCUCAUGCUCUCCCUCCGCGCCAACGUACCUUUCUCUCAUAUGGCUCAGCACAAGUCAGAAAGCCCUCUACCACGCCGACUACAAAUCCUUGAGCAACUGGGAAUCCGAACUUCAAUCAUCUACGACGGCCCCUCUCCCCAUACCGCAGCUCGCCGAGUACCUCGUUAAGGCGCCCGGAAAAGUCGUACUGGUGGACAACACUUCAAACCAAGAGAUCGCCGAGUCAUACCCACUGUUCUUGAAGAAAGGCAUCUCCAUCGUCACUCCAAACAAGAAGGCCUUCUCGUCAAGCUCCCAGCUAUGGCAGGAGAUUUUCGCUGCAGCGGCGAAUGGGACUGGAGUGGGGGGAUAUGUCUUCCAUGAGUCGUCCGUUGGCGCCGGACUACCAGUCAUCUCGACGCUGAAGGAGCUUGUAGAGACGGGAGACGAGGUCCGCAAGAUCGAAGGCGUGUUCAGCGGCACGAUGAGCUUCCUGUUCAACUCCUUCCAGCCAGUCAACGGAGGCGGCGGCAAGUUCUCAGCCGAGGUGAAGACCGCGAAAGAGAAGGGCUACACCGAGCCUGAUCCGCGCGAUGAUCUGAAUGGCCUCGAUGUCGCACGGAAGCUCACCAUUCUGGCUCGCCUUGCUGGGCUGAAAGUCGAAUCGCCGACGUCAUUCCCCGUUCAAUCGCUUAUCCCCAAGGAGCUUGAGUCGUGCUCAUCUGGCGACGAAUUCUUGGCUCGGCUACCAGAGUUUGACGGUCAGAUGGACCAGCUUAAGGCAGAUGCUGAGAAAGAAGGCAAAGUCGUGCGCUUCGUCGGCAGCGUGGAUGUACCGAAGGGUGAAGUUAAAGUCGGGUUGGAGAAGUUCGACAAGAGUCACCCAAUCGCAGCGCUGAAGGGCAGCGACAACAUCAUCGCCUUCUACACCAAGCGCUACGGCGAUAACCCUCUGAUUAUCCAGGGUGCGGGAGCCGGCGGCGAAGUGACGGCAAUGGGUGUCACGGGCGAUCUUGUCAAGGUCCUCCAGCUUUUGCAUUGAGAAUGCCAAUGCGCGGAUAGAGCGUAGGUGAAAAGUGGAACGCGUUCUACGUUAUUCAUGUAUAUCCUGGAGAGUUUGCUACUUGAUUGCUGUGCAGCUGAAAUGGGGCUAGGGAUAGAUAAAAUACUCUCAUUCCGAUGUCUUACCGACGAUUCCGAGUCGUUCCGUCCAUCGGACCUUCCUUCAACAUUCGUUCCGACGUAUAGUGCGAG